UCCCGGGCCCAGUUCAAACUGGGAAAAGAGAUUUCCUCCAAUUCACAGGAGUUUCAAAGUCAAACCAAACACAGUAAUUCCUGGAAAGAAAACCAGUUGGACGUUCCUUUUUGAACAAGGCUGCCUUGUUCUGACGGACGAAAGAUGCUUAUAGAAAAGCAAACAGGGUGCUCUUAUCUUGGCCGUCGGUGCCAAGGUGAGGCCAGGCUAUAAAAGGGGCCAAGAAGUCCUGAGGUGGCACCAGGACUUGGGCUGCGGACAUCAUGAACCUCCUGCUUCUCUUUGUAUUGGCCGCAGUUGGCAUGGCCCAUGAUGCCAUUCCCCGCAACCUGUGGCAAUUCCGCAACAUGAUCAAGUGCACCAUUCCCAGCAGUGACCCACUGAAGGACUAUAACAACUACGGCUGCUACUGUGGUUUGGGGGGCAGCGGGACUCCUGUUGAUGACCUGGACACGUGCUGCCAAAUCCACGACGGGUGCUACUCGGAAGCCAAGAAGCACCCAAACUGCAAAUUCCUCUUGGACAACCCAUACACCAAGACCUACGCUUACAGCUGUUCGGGCACUGAGAUCACCUGCAGCGAAGAGAAUAAUGAAUGUGAGGCGUUUAUCUGCAAUUGCGACCGCAGUGCCGCCAUCUGCUUUGCGGGUGCCCCAUACAACAAAGAUUACAAGAACAUGGACACCAAACACUGCAAGUGAAGCCCAUACGAAAGCUUUGGCGCAUGAUUUCAGCAGGUUGAGUGGCCCUGUGGAAAGACAGGACAGGGCUCCUGUACCUUUAAGAGUUACCAGGAGGAAGAAACUUCUCAUUAAAGGCAGAGGAGCCCUCUGUUAUCUUUCAUAGGUAACCUUGGGUGAGUUUGACAGGAUGUCUCAAGAUUUUCAAGUUCUGUUUGUGGCUGCUUUCUUCAUUAGUGGCUACUGUGCAUGUGGAAAACAUUUGGAAUAAAUAAAAAAAAUUAGCAUUACAACAGUGGUGUGCAAUGAAUGUUUGGCUCUUUGGUAAUAAAAGUCCAGCCUCUAAA